GGCUAUGGAGUGCGCAUCGUUGCAAGACAGGAUCAACCCACCCGGCCAGCUCGAUUCUGACGAGCAGUGCAAUGCCGCUUUCCAACAGUGUCUUGACGAAGGAGACUUCGGCGACGACUGCGUCAAAUUCCAACACACUUGCGGUCUGCACAGCCCUGUGUUGCCGUGCUUCAGCGUGGGUGCCUUGAGCACGACAGAGGUUGGAAAUCUAUGUGCGGCCGUGAGAACAAAUCCCAGAGCCUUUGACGAGUGGCUGGCACUGAUCAAGCAAGUUGAGACCCAUGGGUCAGUUGAGGAGAGAGUAAGUUUGUAUGAAGCCUUCCUCAAAGAGUUUCCACUGUGCUGGGGCUACUGGAAGAGGUUGGCUGAACUCGUCAAAAAGCGUGGACACUCCGGCCUGCAAGUGUACCGGAGAGCCCUUGCAAUCGCACCAGCAUGCGUUGACUUGUGGGUUCAAUAUUGCGAAGCUGCCGGCUUCAGUGACGAAGUCAACGAGGACUCACUUCGAAAGAUUUUUGAAGAGGCGGUUGAGACGGUUGGACGGGACUGGCGUGCCUUUCCCCUGUGGGAUCUCUACUUCAACUUCGAGGAGAGGGGCAGACGUUGGAAGCGCUUAGGUUGUCUGCUCCAGCGUGCCCUGGACAUUCCCAUGCAGGGUUUGCCAGCAGUCAGGGUGCGUCUGCGAUCCUUGAUACUUGGUGAUGCGGCUCCUCCGUUGGAGGCACUUUGCUUUGAAACGGAUGCGCCAACGAUGGAGAGGAUGCUUGAUGCGAAGUCCGAGGAUGCGGAUGCAGAGGUGGGCGCUAUGAGUCACAGCAUCGAGGAGAACAGCGAGGCUCCACCGCCGUCGCAUCCGCCACCGCCCGCAGAGGCCGCAGAGCUGGAGGAUGGCGAACUUCACGACGAGGAUGACUCGGACCAGGAUGGUGAGAUUCAUGAGGAAGAGGAGCCUCCCACGACUGUCCAACUUGAAGCUGCAGUUCCGGUGGCAGGUUUCAGCAGUGUGGGCGCUCAGAGAUCUCCAAACACAGACUCAACAAGUCUGGUUGGGAAGGUCAGUGCGGCGGGAGCGGUGGCACGUUUUAAGGGCGCUGAGGAGCUGGAUGCAUCGGAUCGCGCAGAGCACUUCUUAAGCCUCCGAGAGGAGCUGUGGAACAAGACCUCUUCGGAAGCAGCAGUCCUGAUGCAGUACGAGGCACCACUUCACCGACAGUACUUCCACAACAAGCCCCUCAGUCAAGCUCAGCUGGAUGCUUGGCGGAGCUAUUUGGAUUUCGAGGAGUCGCGGCAUCCGCGCGAAUGGCAGCGGCUUUGUGCUCUCUUCGAACGCUGCCUCGUCGUGACGAACAACUACUUGGAAUUCUGGCUCCGGUAUGCUCGAGCUUUGAAGGCCAUGGAGGAGCAAGCCUGCAAGCCAGAGGCUGCCUGCACGCUUUUGCGAGGUGCCUGCUUGAACGGCCGCUUGUCACGCCGGCCGGAUGCUUUGGCGGCCUGGGCAGAGCUGGAGGAGCAAUGCGGACGACCGCACCGUGCUUGUGCUUUACUAGAUGCGGCUCUGCAAACUUGCGGCAUGGGCUCGACAGAACUUGCCAUCCGAAGAGUGGCAUUGGAGAUGCGCAGAUCCGAUGCCUCGUCUGCGGCGUCUUUGCUGGAGAAGUUUGUCUUGCAGACCGUCAACCUGAACUCCCGCUCGUUUUUGAGUCGUCGGUACGCACGGUUGAUGGAGGACUGCCAGAGACAGCCAAACAAGGCCGCUAAGUUUUUGACGGACGCUUGGAAAGCCGGAUGUCGUGACUCGGGCUUGCUGCUGGAGCUCACGGCCCUUCUCAUGCGCACGGCUCCGGACGAAGGCCCCGGCAAGCUGGCGAGAUGCAUGGCUCUUUUCGAGGAGGCCAUCCAUGCCGCAUCAGCUCGUCAAGCCCGUAAUGUCCCCGUUAUCGAAGAGGUGAGUCAGCUGUGGGCUUGUUACGUCGACUUCUUGUUGACGCACGGAGCUUCACUGGAGAUUCUGCACAACGUUCAGGACAGAGCGCGCAGCUUUCGCUGCCGGUGUCAGGCCGUGUCGCACGACGCUACAGGGACGCCCAUCACCCCAACGAAAAAGCGAAGGUCGUCAGAUCUCAGUCCAGAAAAGACCACUGAGUUGAUGGCCGUGAAGCAGGCUGGGGCGCAGCGCGCUCGCACGCAGCAGACCUGGAUCACAGACUCUGCUGAACGGGAGUGCAUGAGGCAAUGCAGUAUUGCUGCUGGAGCUUGA